AUGGACUCCUCAAAAGAGACACCCGACCACGCUGUUUUGCCAUCCAUCAGCCGCCAGUCUGAUCUCGAAGAUGCUAGCUCCAAAAGAAAGAAGAGUUGGCUCGAUAUCGAGCAGAUGCGAGGCACGCUAGUAUCUCUCUUUAAGAGCGAUCAAGUAAUUCUUGUUCCCAUGCCUACGGCCGACCCUCGAGAUCCUCUCAAUCUCCCGGAUUGGCGCAAAGUUACUGCCAUCGCGGCGAUAUGCUGCUUCGGCGCCAUGGCCGCAGCCGCGGAGCUCAUUCUCGGCGCCAUGUUGCCUGUCUUCGUCUUCCUCUACGCCGGUCUCGACCCCAAACUCCUCACCAAGGUGCACCUGCCCGCAGGCAUCAACAGCCUCACAUUGCUCAACGACUUUCCCGGCCCGCCUAUCUGGCACAUUUACCUUCUGGGCUCCGCGCCGAUUCUCGUCAUCGGCGUCGCCAACUUUUUCCUGGUGCCGCUGGCCGUCGCCGUCGGUCGCCGCACCAUUCUCCUCGCGACAGGCGCCGUCGCCAUCGCGGGCUGUGUCGGGUCUGGAUUCAGCAACUCGUUUGGCGUACACUUGGCAUGUCGCACAAUUCAGGCGCUUGGAGCGGGCACCGUGGAGAGCCUGAUCCCGUUUAUCCUCCAGGACAUGGUUUUCCAGCACCAGCGCAACGUGGCUGUCAGCGUCGUCUUUGCCACGCAGGGCCUCAUCAUUGCGAUUCUCGGCAUCGCGUCGCCCUACAUCAUCGGGUAUGCGAGCUGGCGCGUCAUUUACUUUGCUACGGCGUGUGCCGGGCUUGUCUGCUGGAUUGCCAUCUUCUUCUUCCUGCCCGAGACCAAGUUCAAGCGCUCCGACGACGAGCAACAAGGACGACCGGCAGUUCCCCUCCCGCCUGGCCAGUACCGCCCACAGAUCGACCACGACAAGUACCCGCCGCGUCGAUGGAUGAACGACAUGAAGCUCAUCACGGCAAAGCCAGACUGGAAGGAGGGGUUCAAUGCCAUAUGGGACUCGCUGCGGACAUUUUUCUACCCCCACAUCUUUUUCAUCACCAUGCUCAACUCAGCCGUCAUCGCGCUGGCCGUGGCGGCAGGCUAUACUGCAGCUCCUCAGCUGCUGGCCGAUCCUUGGAGCUGGCCAUUUUAUCACCUCGGCUUCUGCCUGUUCCCGAUCAUCCUGGCGGCAUGUGCUUCCUUCAUCUUGUCGGGCUGGGGCGCUGACCUUGUCGCCAAUUUGUUCGCCCGCAAGAAAGGCAAACGUACACCCGAAGUCCAGCUUCUGAAUCUUAUUUUCCCAUGCCUGACUGGCUUGGUUGGAUGUCUCUUAUUUGGAUUUUCAGGAGACCACCCGGCAAAGUACCACUGGAUGGUAUUCUUGCUCGGUCUCGCUUUUAUCGCCUUUGCGUUUCUCGCGACUAACACCAUCGGCAUCGUGUAUGUGCUGGAGUCCCAUCCACACCUGGCUGGCCCGUCUCUGGUCAAUAUUGCUUCGUUCCGGUGUCUGAUUGCGUUUGCCCUCUCCUUUCGCGUGUCCGAGUGGGUUGCUGACCUGGGAUAUCUCAAGACUUUUACUAUUUAUGCUAGCAUCCUCGGCGCCUUCACAUUGUUUAUUCCAAUCAUCUAUAUAUGGGGUGAGAAAUGGCGGCAGCGUUUUCCGGCCUCGUGA